UCAGAGUUAUCUUCCUUGUUGAAGGAAUUGUAGAACACACCUCGGCAGAAACCGAAACUGCUACCUUGUUCUGCCACUUUUCUUAUUUAUUUCCACCCACCCAGGUGACAUGGAUUUGGUGUAAAUAAUUUAAUUUGUCUUCCAUCUGCUGAUCCGUAAACCACCAAAGUCUUUCAAAUGGUGUCUAAACUACGAAGAUUCUCUGCCAGACACGGAACGACUGUGCUGAUAUGUGGCAUUGUGGUUACCUUCUGUUUGGUGCUUUGCCUGUCUCUCUGUUCGUGGACCUGUGACAAUGCUGUCGGCAAUCAGCUGCGACAGGACAUACGCUACCUCCAGAGUAGAACUUACUGGAAAAAUGUCAAUUCCGUGACACAGCAAACCCUGUCUUGUUUCCUCAUUGUUCUGGUCAUGUCGGGUCCGAAAGACCGAAAGUAUCGCAACCUCAUUCGAGAGACGUGGCUCAACAAUGUCCCCGAUGAUAUUCUUGCUCGGUUCGUAAUCGGAACGGGAAACUUGACCAAUGAAACAAGGGACGACCUUCUCAAAGAGAACCUGCUGCAACAAGACCUGGUCCUUUUACCGGAGGUCGUUGACGCUUAUAAGAAUCUGACAUUAAAGGUGUUGGAAAGUUUCAUAUGGAUCGACAACAAUAUCGACUACAAAUAUGUGCUCAAAACCGACCAAGACACUUAUGUAAGGCUAGACAUCAUAGAGAAAGAACUAAGAUCUUCGGGGAAGAGACGUUUGUAUUGGGGUUUCUUUGAUGGAAGAGCCCAUGUGAAGAAGCAAGGCAAGUGGCAGGAGAAGGAAUUUGUACUUUGUGAUCGUUAUUUACCCUAUGCAGUCGGUGGUGGGUACGUGCUGUCAUCAGAUCUCAUCCAUUUCAUUGCUACCAACAGAAACCUGCUGCAGCUCUUCCGCAGCGAAGACGUUUCGGUUGGCGUGUGGUUGGCACCAUUGUCUAUAAACCGUGUCCACGAUCCUCGAUUCGAUACCGAGUUCAUAUCACGUGGCUGCAAUAAUAUUUAUCUAAUUACCCACAAACAAUCCAUGCAGGAUAUCCAAGACAAGCACGAUUAUAUUCUAAAAACAGGACAUUUGUGUCGACGACAGAUUAAAAAGAGGCCAUCGUACAUCUACAAUUGGGAUGUCCUUCCUACCCAGUGCUGUGAACGCAAAAACCACUCUAUUCCUUAAAUUUGUCUUCUGUUAAGUCAUCAUUAUUUUCAUUUAACAUCCAGUCGAAUAUUUGUUGAUUUCUCUACAUCAACUCCACAUGCUUUCUAAACUCUAUUUCCACAAAUAUCUGCGAAGGUGUCUCUGUUUUUUUUUUAAUUGUAUUUAUUUUUUUAAUCUAAAAAGCCAAAAAAAAAGAAACAAAAAUAACCCCCCCAGAACAGAAACCUUGUGCAAUAUUUUGUUUCGUCAAAUAUUGUAAACUAACUGUGAACAAUUUUCUUUCAAGACUUUAAAAUUAAAUUAUUACAACUGCUCACAUUUAUAAACCGGAAUUAGGAAACUGUUAGUGUGUGUAUAUAUGUAUAUAUGUGUAUAUAUAUAUAUGUGUGUGUGUAUAUAUAUAUAUAUAUAUAUAUAUAUAUAUAUGAUGGAAUCUCCUGUCAGAGACAACAUAUGAGCGUUCGGCCCUGCACAAAUGAUUUGUUUAUAGUGAUCAAAUGUUUAUGCCACACAUUAGCUCACUUCCCCCAUCAACUUGACGUUGUCUGAACAGGUGUCACUGUGUACAAUGCAUCAGGUAUCGUAGUGAUUGCAGAGCAAUGUGAGAUGAGGUGUUUUGCUCAAGGAUACAAUGCACCAUAUGGUCUAGGAAUUGAAACCACAAUCUCCUGAUCAUGAGUACAACACCCUAACCACUAGGCCAUGUGCCCUCACAAUACACACACACAUGCAUACACAUACACACAUACACACACACUCAACUGCGUGAAUAUAAGCUGCACUGAUCAAAACCUAAAUUUUUAAUUAUAAAACUUCUUACUUCAUUAGUCUUUUGUGUAACAAUGAGUAAAGAAAAUAAGAUUUGAUGACAUCCAUAGGAAAGUGAUUCUAGAAAAUUCUAAAUUUUCUGAAAGAAAAAAUUUAGAAAUUCUCUAGAAUCACAUGCAAACCAAAUCCAAAAACGACAUAAAGUUUAAUUUCCUGGUCGAAAAGUUAGAUUAGGUAAAGAGACCCCUUGGUCAAGAAUGACCAUGGGAUUGCACCUAGGAAGUUCCCCUCUGAGGAACAAGUCCAGGCAAGGUUGUUCAUGGAAGACACCAACUGUCGCCCAUGCAUACCAGCUCCCCCUCUCUGUGCCACCGAUGUUAUCCAAGGGAAAGGCAGAGACCGAUACAGCUUGACUCCAGUGAUGUCACAACUCAUUUCUACAGCUGAAUGAACUGGAACGACAGGCAAUAAAAGUGUCUUGCUCAAGAGCGCAACAUACAGCCCGGUCUGGGAAUUGAACUCACUACUUCAUGAUUGUGAGCCCGGUGCCGUGACCACUGAGCCAAGCGCCUUCAUGGUUAGAAUUAGUUAAUUACAAUAUUAAGAAAAUAAGGAAUGUCAUCAAUGUCAUAAUCAACUUCGUUAGCAUAAUUAUCCUGAUCAUUAUUGCUAUGCUAUCAUUGGUUAAUCCUUUUAAACGCAGAAAUCAGAUAUAACCAAUCAAAAUUUCAUUAUCCUUAACUGCAGAAAGUAAUGUUGUUUAGCAAUCUGUCUUCGUUGAGAAAUGUCAUGUUUGAAACUAUUUUUUGUUGAGAUAUAUCAAGUUUAAUGAGGCAACAUAACUUGCAGAAAAUACCAAUUCUAUAUUUUUUGGUAGAUAUUUAAAAUAAUUACCGAAUUAACCAUAAAAUUUAAUUUCACACUUAAAUGAUUAAGAAACCUUUUAACCUGCCUGGGACUAACUCUGGUUCCAUAAUACAAAAUUUCUCAUUUUCAAUUGGUUUUUUUUUUUUUUUCAAUUAAGACCUUUCAUCUAGGUUUGUUUUUUUUUUCAAUUAAGACCUUUCAUCUAGGUUUUUUUUUUUUUGGUGGGGGGGGUUAAAUGUAAAACUUCCUUUAGUUAAGUUCCAAACAUCAAUAAUGUUCUUUUUCACUAAAUCCCUCCAGAUUCUUGAUUAUUUUGUGAAAUUAAUUAAAAAACACCUAUGCAAAAUAUGCUCUGAAAAAAAGGGAUUAACCUGAUAACAUUGUUUGAAGCAGCUUAUACCAUUGCUCCUGAGUCAAAAUGUAUAAAUCAUAUUCCUUAUAAGGAACUGUCCUCAAACUAUUACAUCUCCUUAUCCCCUCCGUCUCCCGGCAACUCCCCUCCUCUCUCAACAGCCCCCUUAUCUUCCCCCCCCCCUGACAAUGUCUCAUGAUAUUUUCUGUCACUGCUAUUCUCCUUGUCAUUAUUUUUGUUGUUGUUGUUGUUUAAACCCCAGGUAGGUCAGUCCUAAUCCAGCAGACCUUUCGAUCAAAGGCAUUCCACAAAUGUGACCAUCCUGUCUCUUUAUUUUUUUACACAUUGUAGACGGAUCUGUGACUACAUCAUCCAGUGCGUCCAUUUUAUUUCUUUUUUUUUCUUUUUCUCUAUAUAGUUCCUAGUGUAGUUUGAGGGAAAUUUGACUGCUGCUAUUUCUAGCAGACUCAUCAACCAUUUAGAGGCUUCCCUCAUUGGUUUGUUCUGUCAUUGCUCACUUCCUUUGCAUACUACUACUACUAUUGGUACUGGUACUGCUGCAACUACUACUACUACUACUACCACUACUACUACUACUGCUGCUGCUGCUGCUGCUACUACUACUACUGCUGACAAUUUCCAGAGUAUUUUUCCUGACUUUUUAUUUCAUCUUCAAGCCGAAAAAAAUGUGAUAAAUUCCCCUACUGCUACUACUACUACUACUACUACUAGUCUGAAUAGGCUCCUUUGUAUGUAUUGCUUCUGCCAGAGAUUUUGUCUAAACUUGUGUAUCAGACAUGGGCAACGAUUUUUGAGAAGCAGGCCACAUGAGACAUGGUUCAUCAUCAGGUGGCCACAUUACUGUAAAAAUUCAAGCUAACGUUUUUUAUUAGACAUGCCAUCCAGAAAGUCUUGUAGGCAAUUGGUUGCCCGUGACUUGUGUAUUGAAUUUUUUUUUUUUAAAGAAAAACAGUUGUAUAAUGGUUAAAUCUAUUCAAUGAGUCUCCCAAGACAAAACUUUAUUUACUAAUAUAGAACGAGAGGAAUUUAAUUAUGAAACCUCAUGUCAAAAUUGGUGAAGAUUAAUUCAGUCCUUGCUGCUCCACUCAGGCGAAGCGUACAGGCUAAGGGUCGAAACGCUUGUGACUCUGAAAUACCGGCUGAUGAUACUCGUGUAGAAUGUGAGGAAUUUUAUUAUGAAACCUCUGUGUCAAAAUUGGAGGGUACCAUUAGUGGAUGGUUUUGACACAAGCUCAGAAGAAAACAAUCACCCUACACACUUUAUCUCCAUGCACAAAGAAAGGUAGCUAUGGUUGAUAAGAGACAGCCAGUGGAACCCUUCCGUAGGUGAAGGUUAAUUCAGUCCUCGCUGCCCCACUCAGGUGAAGCAUACAGGCUAAGGGUUGAAACGCUUGUGACUCUGAAAUACCGGCUGAUGAUACUCGUGUAGAAUGUAAGGAAUUUUAUUAUGAAACCUCUGUGUCAAAAUUGGAGGGUACCAUCAGUGGAUGGUUUUGACACAAGCUCAGAAGAAAACAAUCACCCUACACACUUUAUCUCCAUGCACAAAGAAAGGUAGCUAUGGUUGAUAAGAGACAGCCAGUGGAACCCUUCCGUAGGUGAAGGUUAAUUCAGUCCUCGCUGCCCCACUCAGGUGAAGCAUACAGGCUAAGGGUUGAAACGCUUGUGACUCUGAAAUACCAGCUGAUGAUACUCGUGUAGAAUGUAAGGAAUUUUAUUAUGAAAGCUCAUGUGGGAUUUAGAAGAGCGUGCAAAACCUCUGAGUAACUCCUGCAAGCUUCUGUGUGGGGCAAAGCAUAUUAUUUUACCUAUCUUCCCCUUUUUUUUCUUUCAAAAUCAGAUGCAACUAACAAGGGAUCCAUUUUAAUAAUUGCCAACUUUUCCAUGACUGGUAUAGUCAUGAAUGUGAAAAGAAAAAAGGAAAAAGAACAACAAAACUAUAUUGCUGUUUUGUUUGUAUUUUUUUAAGUGCAAAAAUGUAAGGGAUUGCCUGAUAUUCAUACAUUUUAAAUCAUAUUAUGUACUCAAUUAAAUACAGUGAUAUUAUUACACAAUAAGAAAAUAACCCUUUAGCAUUUAAACCAACCACAUCCGGCCAAAAUAUUAGUAGAAAAAAGUAUUAUAAGCCAAUGAGCUGGCAAAAUUGGUAGUAUACUGGACAAAAUGCUUAGCGACAUUUCUUCCAUUUUUCACAUUUUCAGUUCAAAUUCUACCAAGAUUGACUUUGCCUUUCAUCUUUUCAGGAUUGAUAAAAAAAAGUACCAGUUGUGUACUGGGGUUGCUGUAAUCAACUAGUCUCCUCUCAUAACAUUUUCAGGCUUUGUGCCUAUAGUAGAAAAAUAGAAAGAAUUAUCAUUA